UCUUCAGAAUUAUUCUUCUUCUUCUUCCUUGUAAUGGCUGACAGAGGAAACACUGGUGGUGGUGCUGCUGGAAGUAGAAGAAGCACAAGAAGUAGAGCAGCUGCAGAUCAUCAUGCUAAUGUUGAUGAUGAAGAGAAUGUGUUUGGAGAUUUAGGGGACUUGGUCAAUGUUGGAAACACUUGUAGUGGAAGAAGAAGAAGCAUAUGGAGAAAAGAUCUAAAUCCACUGCUAGUUUAUGAAAAUCUUGCUGCUGAGAUUGGUGGGAAUUUGGUUAACCCUGCUGAUCCCAAUGUUUUUCCUCAACAAAAUCCUGCUGCGCGUGGAGGUUCAGCGGAUGUUAUGGCUGCUGCUCCUAUUGGAGAGGUUGCUCCUCGAAAUCAAGGACGUAGAAGGGACAGACACGAUCAAGGUCAGAACCCUCUACCACCACAACAACGUAGAACAAGAACCAGACGCGAGGCAGCUCAGAAUCCGCAACCACCACAACCACAAGUUCCGAUUGAACAUGAGAUCCCUGGCAUGGCAGAGAUUCCAGCGCACCUACGAGACCCGCCACACCGUCUGUACCGGUUGUGCAGGAAAAAGAUAACGAAGUCUGACUUGAAAACUCUAAAUAUUACGGGAGACAACAGGCCUUUUUUAAAGCACAUGGCGAAAGAGGCUUGUUUAGCUCUCGGAUCCGGGCCCGGACUCCGUGUUAACGUACAAGUACUUAAUCCUGCUCCUCUCAUCGGUACCGUCCUUUUUCUAAGAAAUCCAGGUGGUGAUAGUUUGACUUUGGCCUGGAGGGAGUUGUUUACUCGCAUGGGUUGUCGCCUUGCUUCGGAGAAGUACAUUGAUAUGUGGUUCGAGAUGGCUCCUCCAACAAUGAACAUUUAUAUUCAGGGACGUUAGAGGAAGUUAAACAAUAUGUAGUAUUUGAUUUUCUGAAAAAUCAGACAUGGUCAUUUAUCGAAAUCGGCUUUAGUCAAGUUAUCAUCUAGUGAUGUAAGUGCAAUUAGCACAAUUUAA